AUGUCGCAUUCACCCCCUGAUCUCGAUGGACCUGGCAGAAUUCUCAAGAACUCAAAUUCUUACCACCGCUCCCCGACCGAAAAGCCUGUUAGUAAUGUCUUUCUUGAUUCCGAAGAUAUUUCAUCCGAAAAUAUUCCAGAAUCCUCUCCUAUGGAGCUUUCACACUCGGAAAAAGAUGUCACCCUCCAAAACACACUUCAAAAUGCCGGAAGGCGCCGUUCAUCCGCUGGCCAAACUCCUGUCCGUGCCGGCUCUCGUCGUCAAUCCUACACAAAUAGCAAGGAUGGAGAUAUUGAAGAUCAGGAAUCUUCUCCGCGUCUGAAAUGGGAUGAGGCCAACCUGUAUUUGACUGAACAGCAAAAGUCUAGCACUAUGAAAAUCACUGAGCCUAAGACGCCAUACGCAAAACGCUAUGAUCCCUUAGAGGAUGAAGUUGAAUUCAGAACACUCGAUGCAGAGGAGUUAGUUGUAGAUGAGUUGGAUGCUGUGAGGGUAGGAGCUGGUGAAUCAAGCGCAGAUGGGGCAAAAGGUGUUAGAAAGGAUUAUGCCAUGCGUGAAGAGGAUAUCCCUGGAUUAGAACUUGGUGAGCCUGAAGAGGCGGUACCAAUGAAAUUUAGGGAAAGCCAUUCGCCAAAGCAAGUCGUUGUUCAGGAUGACUCCGUGAGCGAACAUCAUGGCGAACCUGGCGAUGAUCCGGAAACGCCAGAGGAAGAGGAAAAACACAGGAAGUUUGCUGAAAUGAGAAAGAGGCACUACGAAAUGAAAGAGGUGGCGAAUCUUUUAGGGCAUCCCGAGGAUCUUGACGAGGAAGAUGACGAUGGCGAUGUUGCUAUUAAAGACGCCUCCAAUGGCAUACCGGAAACAUCCAAUGCUCCAUCACCAGGACUUGCGAAUGGAACCAAUGUGUUAGGGUGA